AUGGCUAAAGAUAAGAAAUUUGGCUCUAAAUCAAAACACAAGAUUGUGCUGAAACCGAAGAAGAGGAAGAAUACUCUCUUGGGAAGGUAUGGGCCUUUCAAGCCGGCUAGUAAGCGCUCCAAGAGCAUCUCCAAGCGGGUUAGUAAGAUCAAGGUUAUGAAAUAAAAAGCCUGCAGCUAUAGCUCCCAUCGGGGAAGGCACUAAAUUAUUGGAUAAAUUAGGCAUUAUCGAGUCCAUUUAUUGAGACGUUCAAGAUAGUAUAAAAAGAGAAGGCAAUGAUUCAGAGUCUGCUAACCAUAUUUUUGACUAUUAUGUCGCUAAACUUAAUGAACUUAUGAAGGAAAUGAGCCAAAUGAAUAAUUGUCAGGUCGUCAUGACUCGAUUAGGGAAAGAUUCAUGUAAGCAAUUCGUCAAGGGCCUCGAGAGCUGAUUAAGUAAAAUAAUAGCUCGAAUUGCUUCAAAGGGGUAUAAAGAGCAAUCGAAGAUUAAUUUCGCACUGCUUUAUUUUAAUAUUGCUCAGUCCUACCUAGUUCUGGGCAAAUAUGAGAUCUCAAUGGAAAAUCUAAACCUUGCUCUUCAGCACCAGAGAGACAUUUUGAAUGAUCUUGAUCGGCUGCUUGCUAUGAAAAGUACCAAAAUCUCACAAGAUUUACCUACUUCAAAAUCAGUUUUGCCUAACUUCGGCUAUAUGCAAAAUGACAAUUUGGCACAGUACUUAGGAGGAGCCGGCAACCAAAACACCAGUGAGCUUCUGACAAAUGCUCACUAUGAUAGCGAGUACUAUACUCUUGUCAAGAUUUAUUGGAUGCAAGCUCAUCUUUUAGAGAUCAAGGCCGACCACCUUGGUUCUAUUAACGUUAUUAAUGUCAUUAUGAAAGAAAUUGAUACAAAAUAUGGGAAGAACAACCCCAUUUAUAUUGAAUCAAGCAAGAAGAAAGGAGAAGCUAUUCUCAAGCUGAGUCACAGUACUAAUAAGAACGGGGGAUAUAGCGAUCUUUCUACUAAUUCCAGAUCAAGUAUGAAUAAUACUUCUAUUAAGAAGAGACUUAUCUCUCCUUCAAGUUCUUCGUCAAGGAAGCGGCUUAGAAGGUUUCCAACAGAUACCACAUUGAUGAACAAGGUCAAAAUGAGAUCUUCUAGUUCCCGUAGAAAGUCUUCCAAGAUGAGAGAUUUCGAUAAACUUAAUAAAGAGGCUACUAGACUUAUCGAGAGGUCGAUUAUAAAAUAAUAGGAUGGAAAUGACUCCUCAGAAGGAUUUCUCAGCUCCUUCAAGGUUAGAUCUGAAUAACUCAUGACAGAAUAAGAUAAAGAUUAAGCUAAAGAAAUCUAAUGUAAUAACGAAGCCUAACCAGAGUAAUACUCCUUACAGCUUACAGGCUACCAGGAUUAAGAGAAAGAAGAAAAUAACUAAGAAAACUUUGGGUAUUUUAAGAAAUCCUUCUGUUAGGGUUUCAAGUCUGCAUGUUUCACCAGAGAAUAAUCCAGCUAAUUACAAGACUAGCACAGGAGGGAGGACAGAUAAGUUAUCUACGUCUUUUAAUGGUAGAUAUGCUACUAUUGGUCACUCACCUCAGUACAGCCUUCCCUUCAGAGGGACUUAUCAGCACUCCUUUAUCCCAAAAGAUGAAUUUUAAUUUAAUACUAACUACUUUACU